GCAGCUCGACCUUUGCCCCCUGACCUGGUGAUGCUCGCUGUUUCCUGCUCGCUGGCCUGCUUGCAGUCAGGGAGUCAGUGCCAGAAGCAGAGGGGCUGAGGCUGCGGGCGGCGAUCACACGGCUCCAGUGGGCGGAAGAGGAAGCGUGCGCCAGCGUACACCGCCUGUGGCCGCCUCGGGACCCCGCUCCGUCUACAAUGAGGAGGAAAUCCCGCAUUCUGCUUUGCUUCGCCUUCCUGUGGGUUCUGGGGAUUGCCUACUACAUGUACUCCGGCUCCUCUGUCAGCAACCAGAAGGAGGUCUGGAAUGAAAUUGGUGGAGUGAAGAAAAGGGAUCCACACAGCAUCAGCGAAGAAGAGAGAGCUCAAAAUUUGGAAACUCUCCCACCAGGUAAGGUUCGGUGGCAAGAUUUUGAUCAAGAAGCGUACAUUGGUGUUACUGCAGUGCGGCCAGGUCAAGAUGCUUAUGCACGAAACAAAUUCAAUCAAGUGGAAAGUGACAAAUUACGUAUGGACAGAAGUGUUCCUGAUACAAGACAUGACCAAUGUCGUAGGAAACAUUGGAGAACUGAUCUACCAUCAACCAGUGUUGUAAUAACGUUUCAUAAUGAAGCCAGGUCUGCAUUACUGCGCACAGUGAUCAGUGUAUUAAAAAAAAGUCCUGUUCAUCUCAUAAAAGAAAUCAUAUUAGUUGAUGAUUACAGUGACAGUGCUGAAGAUGGGGCUUUACUUGGGAAGAUUGAGAAGGUGCGAGUACUUAGGAAUGACAGACGUGAAGGUCUUAUGCGUUCUCGUGUUAAGGGAGCAGAUGCAGCCCAAUCUAAAGUUCUCACUUUCCUUGAUAGUCACUGUGAAUGUAACGAACACUGGCUGGAGCCCCUACUUGAGAGAGUUGCUGAGGACAGAACUCGAGUUGUGUCUCCAAUAAUUGAUGUGAUUAAUAUGGACAAUUUCCAAUAUGUUGGUGCAUCAGCAGAUUUAAAAGGAGGUUUUGAUUGGAACUUAGUUUUCAAAUGGGACUAUAUGACUCCAGAGCAAAGACGGGCACGGCAAGGAAACCCAGUAGCACCAAUUAAAACGCCAAUGAUUGCUGGAGGGUUGUUUGUAAUGGACAAAUCCUACUUCGAAGAACUGGGGAAAUAUGAUAUGAUGAUGGAUGUUUGGGGUGGAGAAAAUUUAGAGAUUUCAUUCCGGGUGUGGCAAUGUGGUGGAAGUCUAGAAAUAAUCCCAUGCAGCAGAGUAGGCCAUGUGUUUCGUAAACAGCAUCCAUACACUUUUCCUGGUGGAAGUGGAACAGUGUUUGCCAGAAACACCAGGCGAGCUGCUGAGGUUUGGAUGGAUGAAUACAAGAAUUUCUACUAUGCAGCUGUGCCGUCAGCCAGAAAUGUACCAUUUGGCAAUAUUCAAAGUCGUACAGAGUUGAAGAAAAAACUGAGCUGCAAGCCUUUCAAGUGGUACUUGGAAAAUGUUUAUCCUGAACUGAGAGUUCCUGAUCAUCAAGAUAUUGCAUUUGGAGCUUUGCAGCAAGGUACAAACUGCCUUGAUACACUUGGUCAUUUUGCAGAUGGAGUUGUUGGUGUUUAUGAAUGCCAUAAUGCUGGAGGCAACCAGGAAUGGGCUUUAACAAAGGACAAAUCAGUCAAACAUAUGGAUCUUUGCCUUACUGUUGUAGAAAGGACACCAGGAUCACUUAUAAAACUUCAGGGCUGCAGAGAAAAUGACAGUCGACAAAAAUGGGAGCAAAUUGACAACAACUCGAAAUUGAGACAUGUUGGCAGCAACUUUUGCCUAGACAGUCGGAAUGCCAAAACCGGUGGUCUAACAGUAGAAGCUUGCAGCGCUUCUUUAUCACAGCAGUGGAAAUUUUCACUCAAUCUGCAACAGUAGAAUCUCAAGCGUUCGUAUAAAGGGUGGGGGGAAUGACAAUCAUUUCAUGGACAUCAAUUUUGAAUGCAUUGCAGAUGUAUAUGUUAAACAUUCUGCGGAUUUAUAUACCUCAGUAUUCCAUCUCGGAUUGGAUUUUAGAAGUACGGUGAAAAUGAGAGCUAGCUGUGGAGAAGAAAAAGCAAAGCAAGGCCUUCUACAAUUUUGUGUUGUGAGUACGAAAAGUAUUUAAAUGUUGCACAUAGGCCUAGGCCCUCGAAGAGGAUAAACUGCAAAACUUUCUACUUCAGAAUGUGCAGAAAUGGAGGUAUAAACUUGAAAAGAUAAAUGGGAAGGAACAUAUCUAGCCUUGUGUGUAUGUAAGAAAUAACUCCCCAUUGAGACAAGUCGUUUGGUUGCUCUUGCUUGUAUUCCCCCAUUUCAAUAUUUCAAUGCAAAUUGUGUAAAAAUAUAUGUGCAAUGUUGGUUUCAUUUUCUCUUUUUGUUGCUAUCCCUUGAUCUAAGUGGGAUACCUCAAAACAAACAAGAACCAUUACAAGACUGGAGCAAUGCAAUAGUUUUUUGGGAGAUGUGGGAAAUGUUGUGUUGGUUGUAGAUCUGAACAUUGGAAGCAUUUUUACAUUGUGAAAGAAUCAUUUCAUUUUAUUGAAAAAAGUUCUAUUGCUCAGAGAUGAGUUGCUGCCAGAAGAUGCGUUUGUAUUCAGAGCUUUGAAUGUAUGUGCAUUCAGUUUUGUUGAGGUAAGUUGUUUUGUAACUCUUUUCCUCCCUCCCUCCAUUCCUUUCUUUCUUCCUACCUUCCUUCCCCCAUAGUGUUCAGUAAAAAAUGGUCUUUUAUUCUACAAAACAAUAUAAGCCGAUUUUUGGGGAAUAUUCCCUUCUCGAAAUGAGGCAUUACUGAUUAAAAGCAUUUCUUAUCCCCUCUCUUGACUCUUCUAAACAAGAUAAAAAAAAAGAACCUUGAAGGAUAAUGUCUGUAAGUAAAUAUAAAAUUGAGUUAAGUUAUUUGGGGCACUAUAUCCUGCGUUGCCAGUCAUAUGUGCAGCCGUUUUAUUUCUGCACAUCCUUGUGCUCUUUUGUAUUCGUUUUAGUGUCAUAUUUUCUAACUAAA